CUACAGAUCAAACUACAAGCGCCAAAUUAUACAACAUGUAUCUUCUAUUUUUCUUAAAAGAAUUUAUCAUUCUUAUUCCUCUCCACAACACUUGCUACUUGGACCUACUAACACAUAUAGUUAUGCCCAACUUACUUGCACGAGAGCUAAGCUCUUAUUUCUUUUCUUUUCUUUUUCCUCUCCUUUACAUGAUCACAUCAACAUAGCUUGGCUAUAACGUCCUCUAAACCGGUCUUCGCCGUCUGAUUCCAAAUUCUGAAGUAAACGGCACUCCACCGCCUCCUCCCUAAUGAUAGAAACGACCGACUCAUGGAAUUACACCGAAAAAAAAGCUGCCAUCACCAUGCGCACCGAAUACCACCGUCGUCUAAACAAUGGCACAAAAGAAACGGCCUCGUUUCGUUUGUCUGUCUCCUUGCCCCCCGGGUUUCGCGGCGAACAGUGACACGCAGUGCAGAUGCCAGCAAAACGCAUCACCCUGGCGAAAGCCGGCACAGCUCACACUCCACUGUGAUCCCACUUUAGCGCCGAUAUCAAGGCCGUCCUCCACCUCGAUCGAUGCAACAAUGGCUCCGGUUAGUCGUCGCGUCCUGCUACCGCUGCUCUCCCUUCUCCUGCUCGCGCUCCGGCACGCGGCGCUGUCGGCUCCCGCGGCCACAUCCACAUCCACAUUCCCGGGCGACAAGGCGGCGCUCGCGGCGCUGAGGUCCGCGGUGGCCGCGUCCUCGGUGCCGCCCUACUCCUGCCUCGCGUCGUGGGACUUCGCCCGCGACCCCUGCGCGGCGUUCCCGUGCGGCCUCCGCUGCUACGCGCCCGCCGCCGGCGCCACCAACUCCUCCUACCUCCGCGUGACCGCCGUCGCGCUCGACCCCGCGGGCUACUCCGGCGCGCUCCCCGCGGCGGUUCUGUCCUCGCUCCCCUUCCUCGCGUCGCUGUCCCUCGCCGACAACCGGUUCCACGGCGCGCUCCCGGAGGGGGUCCCGCUGCCGCCGAGCCUCCGCAUCCUCGACCUCUCCGGGAACGCCUUCACGGGCUCCAUCCCGGCGUCCCUGUUCACCGCCGCCUCCGCGCUGCAGGAGCUCUACCUCUCCCGCAACGGCUUCUCCGGCGGGGUGCCGCCGCAGCUGGCGCUCCUGGGCGCCCUGACGCGGCUGGAGCUGCAGCACAACGCGCUGGCGGGGCCUCUGCCGAGGCUGGGCGCGAUGCGCUCGCUCGUCCACCUCGACGUGAGCGGCAACGCGCUGUCGGGCUCGCCGCUCGCCGCGCCGGGGACGCUGCCGCCGUCGCUCUGGUCCGUCGCGGCCCGCAACAACUCCUUCUCCGGGCCACUGAGCGCCGCGGCGCUGGCCGCGCUCCCCGCGGUGCGGGUGCUGGACCUCACGGGCAACGCGGUGUCCGGCGCGGUCCCGGCCGCCGCGUUUGCGCACCCUGCGCUGCAGCAGCUGCGCCUGGGCUCCAACCGGCUCGACGCCGUCCAGGAGGCUCCCGACGGCGGAUCCUCCAGCCAGCUCGUGGAGCUGGACCUGAGCGGCAACAGGCUCGCCGGGCGGCUGCCGGGCUGCCUUGGCGCAAUGCCGCGGCUCGCGGCGGUCGCGCUCGACAGGAACCGGUUCACAGGCGGCGUUCCCGAACGGUACGCCGUCCGUGCCGCGGCCGAGGAGGCCACGGAGCAGUGGGUGCCGUUCGUCAGGCUGAUGCUGCAAGGCAACUAUCUCUGUGGAGCGCUGCCGAGGCAGCUGAGGCAGCUCAAGGAGGGCGGCAGCGCGGUGGUGAGCUUGGCGGACAACUGCCUGCCGAGGUGCCCACGCAAGUUCUUCUACUGCCAAGGGGCCCCGCAGAAGGUCCUCGCCACGUGUCCCAAGUGCGACACUUCGAUACAUCGUGAGGACAUUCUUCUGCGGACGCCCUGAGACCCUGACUGUACAUUCUGAGCUACUAGAGUCAUUGACAAAAAUAAACGUACUGUACGUAGUAUGCAUUCUUGUACGGGUGUACCAAAAGAAGUAGGAGCUCUCUGCAUAUCAAUUGAUGAAUGUGUUGUAAACAAUUUGCCUGCCCUAUCUGAGGUUGUCCCAACUGCCAAUUGAUGUUCUUGUAAAAAGGGCCUUGACAACACACAGAUGUAAACAUUUCAUUUCACUGAAAGGGCAGAUCAUAUAUCUGAAGAAAA